GUGGUUUGGUUCAGGCAGGACCUGAGGGUGCGCGAUAAUCCCGCGCUUCACGCGGCGGCGAGAACCGGGCGUCCCGUCGUCGCGUGCUUCGUGUGGUGUCCUAAGGAGGAGGGCGGGUGGCCGAUGGGUGGCGCGACGCGGUACUGGCUUCACCACGCGCUUGGUUCGCUCCAGGCGUCGUUACGAGCCAGAAACGCCGGCGGGACGUCGUCGCCUUCGUCGUCGUCGUCGUCUUCUUCUUCUUUCGACGAGCUCGCCGCCGUCGUCCGCGAGUGCGGCGCCAAGGACGUGUACUGCAACCGCGUGUACGAGCCGUGGAAAAUCGCGCGAGACCGCGAAUGCGAACGAAAAUUCUCCGCCGAGCUGAACGUCCGAUUCCGUUCGUUCAACGCCGGCGUGCUGUACGAACCGUGGGACGCGCGACCCGACGCCACGGACGACGCGUGCUGGAACAGCGGCUACGGCAGCGUGCGCUUCUUCCUCCGCGGGUGCGCGAGACUGGGCGAGCCGCCGCCGCCGUUGCCGCCGCCGCCGACGAUGCGAGUUCGGUUACCGGCGGAUAAACGCGCUCGAUCCUACACGGAGCACGGCGGGGUUCAAUCGAACCCGGGUAACGGUCAGAGUAACGGUCAGAGUAACGCUCCCAAGGCGAGCACCGAGCGGUUCCGCGCGGACGUCCGGACCACCGCGCGCAUCUCCCCGUACGUGCGACACGGCGAGCUGAGCGUUCGGGAGGUGUACCACUCGGCGAAGGCGAUUCAAGUCGGGAGUCGGAAAUCGAGGGCGAGGUCAGCCGCCGUGUUCCUGCGGAGGUUGGCGUGGCGCGAUCUCGCGUACUGGUCGCUGUGGCGUUUCCCGCGCCUGUGCGACGAGCCGCUUCGGCCGCAGUACGCGACGCAGUGGUGGGCGCUGCCGUGGGAUCCGGUCGCUUGGCAGUUUGGACAGACGGGUUACCCGCUCGUGGACGCGGGGAUGCGGGAGCUGUGGGCCACCGGGUACGUGCCCAACUACGUCAGGCACGUCGUCGCCGGCUUUUUGAUCGAGUACCUCAACGUGGACUGGCGCCACGGUCAGCUCUGGUUUCACGACACACUCGUCGACGCGGACGUCGCCAUCCAGGGUUUCAUGUGGCAGAACGGCGGCCACAGCGGGAUGGACCAGUGGAACUUCGUCAUGCAUCCGGUGUACGCCGCCAAAUCCGCGGACCCGGACGGUGAAUACGUCCGCAGGUGGUGCCCCGAGCUCAGCGGUCUGCCGAGGGAAUACGUGCACUGCCCGUGGGAAGCGCCGGCGACGACGCUGGCUGCGGCGAACGUCGCGCUGGGAAGGCACUAUCCCAAACGAAUCGUC